CACGCUGAGAAAAAAACCGGUCGCCUGGGCUCUGUGAUCAGAGAGCCAGGGGAGAGCAGGGCAGCCCCUUCGGCGCCCCGGGCAGGUCGCUUGGCACCCGAGGAGGUGUCUGGCGCUCCCCUGACGGAGGCUCCAGCACCGCGGACAGCGGCUCCAGCACCGCGGACAGCGGCUCCAGCACCGCGGACAGCGCACGCCGCCAACAUGGCUCCGAUCGCGGCCGGCCGCCAGCACUUCGAUGAAAUUCCUACAGUGGUUGGCAUCUUUAGUGCAUUUGGCCUUGUCUUCUCGGUCUCCCUUUUUGCUUGGAUCUGCUGCCAACGUAAAUCUUCCAAAUCCAAUAAGACCCCUCCAUAUAAGUUUGUCCAUGUUCUGAAGGGGGUCGAUAUUUACCCUGAGAAUCUCAACAGUAAGAAGAAGUUUGGAGCAGAUGAUAAAAGUGAAGCAAAGAACAAAUCAGUGAUGCCAAAGAAUUCUCUCCAUCUUGACCUGGAGAAGAGAGAUCUAAACGGCAACUUCCCCAAAACAACCCCUAAAAUCCAGAGCUCUCCAGAUCCUGAAAAUCUGUCUCCUAAGCACUUUGCAGAAAGGAAGAAAGAUUCAGUAUCCCCUGAUAGUUUAAAAUCCAUCACUUCCCUGUCAUCUGAAGACAAACAAGACAAGUUAGGAACUCUCUUUUUCUCCUUAGAGUACAACUUUGAGAAAAAGGCAUUUGUAGUGAACAUCAAAGAAGCACGUGGGCUGCCAGCAAUGGAUGAACAGUCAAUGACUUCUGAUCCCUACAUCAAAAUGACAAUUCUGCCUGAGAAAAAGCACAAGGUGAAAACCAGAGUGCUGAGAAAAACCUUAGAUCCAGCUUUUGAUGAGACCUUCACGUUUUAUGGGAUCCCCUAUACCCAAAUUCAAGACUUAACACUUCACUUUGUGAUCUUGAGCUUUGACAGGUUUUCCAGAGAUGAUGUCAUAGGAGAAGUCCUCAUUCCCCUCGCAGGAAUUGAACUGUCAGAAGGAAGACUGCUAAUGGACAGAGAGAUCAUCAAAAGAAAUGUUAGGAAAUCAUCUGGGCGUGGAGAAUUGCUAAUCUCUCUCUGUUAUCAGUCUACAACGAACACGCUCACUGUGGUUGUUUUAAAAGCCAGGCAUCUACCUAAAUCUGAUGUGUCAGGAUUAUCAGAUCCUUAUGUCAAAGUGAACCUGUACCAUGAUAAGAAGAGAAUUUCUAAAAAGAAAACCCAUGUGAAGAAAUGCACCCCCAAUGCAGUGUUCAAUGAAUUGUUUGUCUUUGACAUUCCUUGUGAGGGCCUUGAUGAUAUCAGCAUUGAAUUUUUGGUUUUAGAUUCAGAUAGAGGGUCAAGGAAUGAGGUCAUUGGCCGGUUAACCUUGGGAUCUUCAGCAGAAGGAACAGGUGGAGAGCACUGGAAGGAAAUCUGUGAAUAUCCUAGGAGACAAAUUGCCAAGUGGCAUAUGUUGUGUGAUGGUUAGCAACCUAGAAAGGGGUCAAAACUUGAAAAAAACCUAUAUUUAUUUCCAUAGGCAAGGAGCAGUUUUCUUUCUUUGCUAUGUAUAAUUACAGGCUUGUAACUACAAGACUUUUUUUGGGGGUGGGGGGAAUAAAAACUGGAUUGAAUUAUCAGAACAGAAGGUAACAAAGUUUUCACAGUAAAUAAAGGAAUUUAUCUUUCAUUAGACUUUAACAUAAUUGGAUCAGAUUCAUGUUCUUCUGAAGUUUAAAUAGCCUGAAACUUCUGAAGAAUUAUAAACUUCAAUAAGUACAGACUAUGCUUUAUGAAAAAGUCACUGAAAACUUAGUACUGUUAUACAGAAAAAAAUAACCUCAUUAAAAUAUAUUGCUAGAUCUAAAAAUACCACCUGUGGCUUAUUGGGGAAGGGGCUGAUUCUAUAAAAGCCAUGGGGAAUGAGGGUGAGUAGGAGAGGAAUUCCUUCUACCCCGCCAUUGAAAACCUUCUUUUAUGAAAAUUCAAUCAUUUGUAGGUUUUUGUUACUUAUACUUUAUUCAUCCCAAAGACUGAAGAGAAUUUCAGCAAUUUGUUUUACAUAUCAUAACAUGUGCAACUAGUUGUUUUAUCUGUGGAAAUACUGUAUAAUUAUUUAAACUUGGAUUUUUUUUUUUUUUUUUAAGAUGUAUAUAUAUGAUUUUUUUUUUCUUUUUUUUUUUUUUUACAGUGACAGAAAUAGAUACAUUCUGCAAAUCAUUGAGCUAGUUAGCAUACAUAGUUUUGUUAAAAGGGCUCCUUUACGGGUGACUGUACAUGUUACAGUAUAGUUAGAAUUUGGGAUUAGUUUUUUUUUUUUUUUUUCCUCUGGCAAGGAUUACACUUUAAGCAUUUCAAGCCAUGGGAAAACAUUUUCAUUGAGGCGACAUAACAUACAGGAUAUUACAGUCAAUGAACUUUCACCAAUUAUGCUUUAAACCGUUAAGUAAAUAUUUACAGUAAUUUCUUCUUUUGUUUCAUUAACGAACAAACAAAACAGUGAGACUGAGAUCAAAACCUUAUUCUGCUGUUUAACUUCCUGAACUGUGACUAAUGCCAUUACAGUCAGUAAGACUACACCCAACAUAAAAAUUUUAAUACAUUUUUAAACUUUUGCAAGAUAGGAAACGAAGCUCACAUUAUAAUUUAUCCAGUAUUAUGUUAGACAAACUACCUGAAAAGUGCAUUUCACUUACAUUAUACAUGUUAAAGUCCAUUACUGAUUGUACUGAAAAUUGGUAAUGGUAGGGGAAUAUAAACAUCCUGCUUUCAUGUUAGUGUGACAUAUGUAUGUUUAAACUUAAAACUGGGGGAUUAUCAGAUGUAACAUAAAAAAAAAAAAUGUAUAAAUAAAUCAUUUAGAUCUGUGAAAUUCACUCUUGGUCACACCAGAUAGCUAGAUAGAUUUUUAGGCUGUCAGAACUAUAGCACAACUAUAAGCAGAUUUCCUGAAGGUUGUACACUGAUUUCUGAUACAGAAUUGUCUGCAGAUAUUAUUCCUACAUAAUCUUUAUUUACAACACAUAUAAAGAAGAAUAUAAUGACGUUAAUUGUUACCAUAAGAAGGAUUUAAAAAAUGUGAAACUGUUUUCAGUAUUUUUUGCAUAUAUCAUUUUGUCAAAUGUAAUAUCAGUGAAGUGAAAGAUUAUUUGGGAAUUAAGGUAUUGCUCAAUGCAAAUAAAGGUAACAGAAAGGGCAUGCCAGUUAAAAAACAAAAACAAAACCAACAACAAAACAAACAACAAACCCAAACAUACAUUGCAUGUCAAAUUACUUUCAUUAAACAACAGAUCCAGGUCCUUUUCAAAACUGUUGGAGAUUUGUUGUGGACUUUACCUGUUCUCAUGUGGCCAAAUUACGUUUGCAGUAAAGGACACUGAAAUAUGAAAUAUGCAAGUAGACAAAUAGCACUGGAAGAAUUCUGUUGAGGCUCUUCCAGGUUUUGUGUUGGUAUUUUCUCCAGUUUUUGAGAAUGUGUUUGAUAUAACAGUGUUUAUAGAUUUCUGUAAAAAUACAUUUUCAAAAUAACAUAAACAUUCUUUUUAUGAUAAUGCUCAAUGUAAAAAAAAAAAAAAAAACCAAACCUGCAUAUUGUAUGUAUAAAGGAGAGGAAUCUUUUUUGCUUAUUUCUUUAGAAAGCUGAUUAACUGCUUAAGGGCUAGAGUUUGCCAGCCACAUUCAAGCAGAGCUAAUCCAAAGUCACCAAGUCAAACAAAGAUGCCUGCAGGCUUCAGUGGGGAUUGAAGUGCAAUGACAGAGCAAAACUCUUCUUGUGAGUCAACUCAGCAAUGUCAAUGGCACCAUCUAAUCUGAUCUAAUGGAGACUGGGAGAGUUUAAGUCAGUACUGCACAACCAGAGUUGUUAUAAUUCCUAGUAAGGAAAGAACUUUAUACUAAAAGUGAUUGUGUGAGAGUGAGACAGCUUGUAAUUAAAAAAAAAAAAAAAAAAAAAAAAAAAGAAAAAAAGAAAAAAAAAAGAGUUUUGUAUAUUGGCCCAUACAUUAUCUCUACAUUAUCUCUAAAAAUCAGAUGACAGGAGUCAUCUCUCUCCAAUGGACACAAAUUCUGACAUUUGGAGAAAAAAAAAAAAAAAUCACCUUUUUGAACUAAUGAUGGGCUGUAAUCAUCUUUCAUUUUGCAUUCAACAAAUUGUCAUGAUUUUUUUUUCAAGUUUCUAUAGUAGCUUGAGGGUUAAUAUUUCUACCUGCUAAAUGGCAGUUGCUGUUGGGGAUAUGGGGUAGGAAUAGGAAAGGGAAGCAAAGACAUUUUUAUUAAAUCUAAAAAAAUAAACCACCUGUAAAUAGAAUUUUGUUUUCCAUUUAAAGCAAUGUUUAGCUUGGAAAGUUGAGUAAAGAUGACUUGUAACACAUCUGUUAACCAGACAAUGCAGGAGUGAAUGUAGACCUGUACCAAGAUGAGAAAUUCUGUUGUUUUAUAAAGUAUUCAAUUAUCAUUGUGAAUAUCUUGAACUCUGUUAAGGAUACUGUACUGUAUUAAACAUGUAAAAAAAUGAUGUUUGUCUAAGUAGCUUACAAAAAAUAAUCACUCCUUGAAUGGGAGAUUAUCCAUGUCUGGAGAUCUGUCGUAACUAAAUACCUGAUUUGUUAUGGUGUUGUAACUUAAUAGAAGCUAUACGAGAGGAAGCAUGGUGUAUGAGAUUUUGUAAGUUAUUUGUGCUGGUUCUGUAUGUUGUGCCAUGUGUGUAAGACAAGAAUAAACUGCUGCUUUUGUUCAUCCCAUCCCAAAACAA